GGUUCUCAAAUCUCCCACGCCAAGAGGAGAGGCUACAGAAAGUCUGAAAGUUCACACACACCAUUCCAUGGAAGAAGAACAAGCAAAAAUCAUUGCAGCACUUUCCACUCUUACUUCUGCCAAGCUUUCAGAUCUCACCCACUCUGUUCUCUCUCUCACCCACCGCCGGCACCACCUUCUCGCCGCCCUCCUCUCCUCCCCUUCCCUCUUUUUUCUCACUCUUCACCAUCUUCACUCCCUCACCCUCCCCAACAAAACCCUCCUCAUUGCUCGCCACCUCCUCUCUUCUCUCCAACUCCUCACUCGCCACUUUCAUCACACGCCCCCGCACGCUUUCGACUCCGUCAGACAACGUGAAUCUGACACAGUUUUGCUCCUCCUUUUACUCUGUGAAGUCCUCCAGAAAAACCCCGAAUCACUUCAAACCCCACUCGCCAAAUGGCACGUAGUAUUAACUAAACACUUCCACGAUACUUUGUUGACUCUCGCCGGCGUCGGUAGCUGUAAAGGUGCAAUUUUGAUGCCGUUUAUUGAAAUGGUGGCGAGGUGUCGGAGGUUUGUUAGUGUAAUGGAUAGUAUAGGGAAGGCCGGGAGGGAGGUGGCGGCUGCUCCAGCUGUGGUGGUGGCACUGCCGUCGGUGCAGGUGAGCAGCGGCGGCGCUGUGGAGUGUGUUAUAUGUAAAGAGGAGAUGAAUAAAGGAAGAGACGUAUGUAAAUUGCCAUGUGAACACUUGUUUCAUUGGAUGUGUAUUUUGCCGUGGUUGAGGAAGAGAAACACCUGCCCUUGUUGCCGUUUUCAGCUUCCAACCGAUGAUGUUUUCGGGGAGAUCCAACGGCUGUGGGAGGUUCUGGUUCAGGUCAGUUAGAUUAACGUUGCAUCAUGCAUGUGGUCGCAUGGGGAACAUUAUGAUCAUAGAAAAAUAACACAUGGCAGAAUCAGAAAGGUGGAAGGGAAUGAAUGGUUGUGAAUUUGUGAUGAUAUGGCUUGCAGAUGAUCACUUGUUUAUUGAUAAAGACGCCUAUGGUUAAGGUUAUAGAAAUAAGAAGAUAAACAGAAAUCUAAUAAAGAAUGUAAUUAGAGAUGGAUUAGCGUAAUUAAACAUAUUUAACUUCAUCAUUAAUCAAUUGUUUGUGAGAUUAUGAUGAAGCACUUUGUAUGCUUUCUUAUUAUUAUGUUCAAAUUCCUUUUGCUUUGGGGUAUGUAAAAGCAACUACUUUUCAA